UGGACAGUCCUUAGCAGCACUGAAGACUCUUUGGUGGAUCUUUGGUUGGAGAUGGAAACUACUGAGCUGAAGACAGGACCAACAGCUACCCAAAGCUGGAGUACUGGUUUGGAAUCAUUGACUAUUGAUUACACUGACGAUGACAUCUGCCUCCAAGAAGAAUUGCCAUUUGCCUUUGUCUUUAUCCCCACCCUCUACAUGGUAAUCUUCUUCACUGGUUUCUUUGGCAAUCUGUUUGUGAUCCUGCUGAUGGCAAGAAAACAAAGCCGCAAGAGGCUGGUGGACAUCUUUGUCCUCAACCUGGCCAUCGCUGACCUAGUCUUCGUCUGUACUUUGCCCUUCUGGGCUCUAUCAGAAGCUCUCAGCUACUGGUGCCUGGGCGAAGGGCUAUGCAAGUUUAGCAGCUAUGCUCUGUCUGUAAAUCGUUAUUCUAGCAUGCUGUUCCUCACAGGCAUGAGUGUGGAACGUUUUCUUGUGAUGUCCAAACACUGGGAUUCAAGGGCCAUUGGAACCAAGAAGAACAUUUGCUUGAGCUGUGGCGUCAUCUGGCUGAUCUCCUUUCUGCUGGGAAUACCAUCUCUCAUCUACAGAAAGCUGGUUUUUGUGGGAAACGACGAAUAUCUGUGCCAGGGCGAGGAGCCCUCUGCCACCUUCAAUUUGUUUAUAUUUGCCUUGACCUUCCUGCUGCCUUUGGGAAUCAUCUUGUUCUGCUAUUGCUCCAUUUUCUCCAAGCUUCGAGGCCGUGCCAGCUUAGGCAAGAGGCGAAGCAAUGCCCUUAAAAUCAUCUUUGCCAUCAUUGGAGCAUUCAUCUGUUCUUGGUUGCCCUUCAACACCUUCAAAGCCGCCUUCAUCAUGGUCCAGAAGACAGAUCUCUCCUGCAAAGCGUUGACAGCUCUCAAGUGGGGGGUGCAUAUCAGCAUUUGCCUGGCUUUCACAAACAGCUGCAUUAACCCUGUCAUCUAUGUCUUUAUGGAUCAGCAAUUCCGACAGCAGGUCUGGAAAAACUUCCCUGCCUUUUGUAGCAUGAGGGGAAACAUACAAAGCUCAGCUCUCUCCCUUUCAUCUACAGAGUCAAGUCUCUUGUUUGCCGGCAGGAAGAAGCCUGCCCAGAUGGGGAACCCAAGCAGCAGAGUGGUAGGCUUAUAAGCAGCCACGGGAAGCCCAUUGUUGGCCUGGACUGCUGGAGAUCUGAGCCGUGGUGGUCAUGGAAAGAUGGGGAGGGGAAUGGUCUAGAAUGGUCUACAUUAAGCUUGCCUGAAAAAUGGGUACAUUUUGGCUAAUAUAAAUUACAAUAAAAUCAAAACAUAUUUUGCUAUGCAUUGCAUGUACUCAGCAAUACUUACAAAUUGCCCUUGAUUUCUAUGGCAUAAUAUGCUUGGCGUUUUAGCAUUUGCAGUGCUUUAUAAAGCUAUUUCUGCUUGCUUAAGUGGAGGGAUUCCACAGUUGAGUAUAAACAACGGGCUGUAAUUAUAACCAUGCAUGAAAAGUGCUGAAAAGUUAAUGCUGUUGAAUUUGUUUAGCUACAAGCCCCUGCAGCUCGCUUUCUCUUCCCCCAGAUUAAAAUUUCCUGUUGCUUUUGCAAAUUUGAAGAUUUUUCAGUGGAAAUAGGUUUAGGUUAGUAUAGAAGAAAAACGGUAUUGUGAUUCUGCAACAGAUACUGAACAAAGCAGUCAGCUAAGCAGGCAGAAAGUGACCUCCAACCAUGUAUGCUUAAUUAAAGAUACAUAUCUCAUUAAAUACUGCUUUGUUGCUGUUAUAAAGCUUUUAAAAAUUGCCUUUCAGAAAAUUUUGUUUCCCUUAU